AUGAUAUCGAAACUUAAAUUUGUUCCGUCCACCUUCCCAUUCUGGCAAUUGUACUCUGCCGUGACUGCCAGUCUGGUGAUAUUGUCCGUCGGAUUCGCCGUUGGAUGGACGUCGCCAGCGAGUAACCAGCUUUCGCUGAACGACAGCCAAUUCUCAUGGGUGAUCAGCAGCUACCUGAUCGGAAGUAUAAUGAUCAACGUGAUAAAUCCAUUGUACAUAUACAGGAUCAGUCGAAAGAAGGCCCUGCUCCUUGGCACGGUACCCAUGACCGUAGGCUGGCUGGUACUAUCCAUCGAGGAUUCCUUCGGGGGUCUCUGCAUAGGAAGAGUACUGACUGGCGUCAGUACCGGGAUCUUGAUCACCUCGUCGAUCUUCUACCUGGCUGAGCUGGCCGACAAAAGGUAUCGCGGUGCCAUCUCAGCCUUCCUCUGCGCCAUGCUGGCCCUCGGCGAAAUCCUCGUGCACAGCUGCAGCCUCUUUGCCACUAUGAACGACCUCAGCACCAUCGCCCUGAUACCGGUCGGCCUCUUCAUCCUGGGCUCGUUCAAGAUCAUCGAGAGUCCCUACUUCGAUACGCAAAACGGUCACGAGGAGAAGGCGCUGGUGUCCCUGCGCAAGCUCAGACCCUAUUACAACGAGGAGGAGAUCGAUCAGGAGCUGGUGGACAUCAGGAAUUACGUCGAUGGCGCCGACUGCUCCUAUAAGAAAUUUCCGACCCUCUUUUCAACGCGCGUCAAUCGAAGGUCCAUUCUCAUCGUCGUCCUCAUGAAGUUCGCCAAUAAGUUCAGCGGCAGCCUCGUCGUGAGCAACUGCACCGAAAGGAUCCUGAACCUGGCCGAGGUCCCGCUCGAUCCUGCCCUUGCUGUGAUCAUCACCGACUGCUUCUACCUGGUCUCCGUGAUGCUGGCCAGCAGCCUCCUGGACCGCGUGGGACGUCGACCGCUCUACAUCGUGUCGGGAAUCCUGACGAGCCUGGUCCUCGUAAUCCUAGCCACCUUCUUCGUUCUAUUUGACGCCGGAUAUGACGUCACUAGUUUCACAUGGUUGCCGAUACUGUGCGUCGGAUGCUACUACAUGGCCGUCUUCCUGGGCAUACUCACUUUGCCCUACAUCGUCGUUGCUGAACUCUUUCCUACGGAAGUCAAAUUCGUUGCCGCCAGUCUCGCAGACAUAUGCGGUGGAGCCUUCGACCUGAUCAUGGUCAUGACCAUGUCCCAAUUGUUGCGCAGUAUGAGUCUUGGGGUUAUCUUUUAUAUAUUCGCCGUCUGCACGCUCGUCAGUAGUACCGCGGUGUUUUUCAUUUUACCGGAAACCAAAGGAAAAUCUCUUACGGAGGUGCAAGAAAUGCUUCAUCGAAUUCACGGUCAGAGUUACGAGGCAAGUUUUACGAUUGAUAAGAAGUAA